AUGAGAUCCGCUGCUGUUGCCCUUGCGGCUUCCGCUCUCCUUAUGGGAGCUGAAGCCGGCUCUUUGUUUCGACGACAUGCCCACCACAAUGUCCACAAGAGGAAUUAUGGUUACGAGGCCCCGGCGGCGCAGGAUGCUGAGACUUGCAAAAUCGUUACCUAUACCACCUGGGUUGAGUACAAUCCCCCAAAGCCAACCUACGACACCACCGAAUACGUCAAGUCUACAGUCACUCUCGUCCCAACCCCACACACGACGGUCCCAUACUCCUGCUCCGUCCCCGUCCCGACACCUGAGGUCACCACCUGCGAGACCCCAGGUACCUACACUUUCCCCGCGAAGACCAUCACUCUGACCUCCACAGAGUAUGUCUGCGUUCCAACCACCACCGUCCUGCCACCGGGAACCCAUACAUACGGUGUUGGAACUAAGGUCGUCACCGAGACCUUGACCACCGUCACUUGUCCGUAUGCUUCCACAUACACCUCGGGAACUGGUGUCUACACCACCCUCACCAGCACCGUUUUCGAGUGCCCAACCCCUGGAACAUACACAUAUGGUGGACACGAGACCACUAUCACCAAGACCCAUACCAUCACUUAUCCAGCCGUCGAAACCUACACUCCUGGAACCUACACCCACCCAGUCAAGACCGUCACCGUCACCGUUCCAUCCUAUGUCUACACCUGUCCCUAUGCUCCAUUCACUCCUGAGCCAACUCCUGAACCCACCCCGGAACCAACUCCUGAGCCAACUCCAGAGCCUACUCCGGAACCAACUCCUGCUUACACUCCACAUGAGCAGCCACCAGCUCCGGUCUAUACCCCUGAGACCAAGCCUGAGCCCAAGCCCGAGCCAACUCCAGAGGUCCCAACAUACGAGGUCCCAACCACCAAGGAGGAAGUCCCAGCCUAUACUCUACCAAAGACCUCUACCGUCAAGUCUGAGACCCCUAAGCCAACCAAGCCAUCUGGCCCAAUCGACUACAGCAACGUUGGAACUGGACGACAAUGGUGUAUCACUUACACUCAGUACAACAAUGACAAGUCUUGCAAGACCCGUGAUCAGAUCUUCACCGAUAUCGAGGAGGUUGCCAACAAGGGUUUCCGAUCCAUCCGUGUCUAUGCCCCUGACUGCGACGCUUUGGAGCACAUUACUGAUGCUUGCGACAAGUACAAGUUGAAGAUCGUUAUGGGCGUCUUCAUCCGCAAGACCGGCAAUGUUUAUGAUUACCAGGAUGUCAAGAACCAGGUUGAGAAGUUGGUCGUCUGGAAGCGAUGGGACAUCACCGAGCUUAUCGUCAUUGGAAACGAGUCCGUCUGGGGUGGUAUCAUCUCUUCUUCCGAUCUCGUCAGCCUCAUCGCUGAGUGCAAGGGAAUCUUCAAGGCCGCUGGAUACCCUGGAAAGGUCACCACCUCCGAGGUCGUCUCCUCCCUUGAAGCCAACCCAGGUCUUUGCGGUGUCAUCGACGUUGUUGCUGUCAACAUCCAACCCUACUUCAACGGUGGUUACGCCGCUGAAGCCGGAAAGUUCCUCAAGCAACAGAUGCAACAAGCUCAAGCCGUCUGCAACCUUGAGACCUUCUGCUUGGAAGCCGGUUGGCCAUCCGGCGGUGCUCCUAUCAACAACGCUAUCGCCGGACCUGGCGAGCAAGCCGCCGCUAUUGAAUCCAUCUACGCCGUCGACGAUGGUCACAUUUCUUACUUCAGCACUUAUGAUGAUCUAUGGAAGGAUCCUAACAUGAACGGCGGUGUCGAGACCCACUUCGGUUGCGCCAAGCUCUUCCCCAUCGGAGGAUCCUAUUAA